AUGUAUUCGUUGAUUGCUUGGAUAAUUACGUUAUUAACUCUGCUCACGGUUCACGGCAACGAAUGGCCGACGCAACCAUCUGAAAUGCAUGAAGCACAAGCACAAGCAUCUCGUCCACAGCGUUUAACAGUGACGAGUCCACAUCCAUUCAUGCGACAAAUCGGACCUCCUUCACUCGGUGGAAAACGAGUGAUCACACCUGUACCGAAAGGAACGUUCCAAUAG